UAGGCUCACCUGUGUCUAUGACUCAAUGUUCGUUGCUGACGGAUGACGUCGAAGUGACUCAAUGUUUGCUGCUGACGUCGACACUCAGCUUUGUUCCAGUCUGUGUUGUACGAGGCCACGUUGCUCGCAGGUCGAACGAGCUGGGGCAAAGUGGUGGCGUUGUCGGGAUGAUGACGAGGCAAGUUGAGGAAUGACUUGACUGAACGAUUCAGCUAUUGUGGAAUGAGGGGUUUGCAAAGACGGACAAGGUCGAUGGACACAUGGUACUUAACAUGAAUGAAGAAGAUUAGCGCGAGCUGCCAAGGAGCAUGUCAGCUAUCACAGUACCAGCGGAAGCACGAAUGUUUCUCCGGCCAUGUCUACGUCUACAGCAGCAGCUUUCAGGCGCAGACUGCAGCACGCAAGCAUCACGAUCGACCAAAUACGCGGGAAACCAAGGUUUUUGUUUCGGGUGGCCCUGGAAGAGACGCCGCGGCACAAGAAGAAACGCACCAAGAGAGCACUUUCGUAACCUCUGGCCAGCUCUCUUUUUGGGUUUCGCAUCGGAUCAAAGCCCGCGCGAGCUGUGAAAUGCACCGCCGUUUCGCUGCAACAAGUAGCACAUUCAAGUCCUCGCGCAUCACGCCUUUGAGCGACCAGCUCACAGAUGCUUCAGCUCUGCGCAGGCAUCCAUUCGUCAGGCCGGACCUGAGCGUGAAUUUGUCCCCUUUUCAAAAGAAGCUAGCGCAGGCACUGGGCUCUAACGACUCUUGGCUCCGAUUUCCAAGGCAUUGCAGGCGAGGCAAACGAACGUUGAAGCUUUGUUCAGCUCUGCUGUCACAGGCGUCAACGACGUCAACAGAAGGUCUGCAAAGUUUGCCUUAGCCUACUUUCGACGCGCAUUCGAUCGGAUUAUCUUCGCUUUGGAAGCAAGACGAGGUCGGUCGCUCUGAAUCAGGCUUGUUGUGCUCUGCGACGGGGGGCAAUGACGCUUCGAAGUUUGGAGCACCCGACGUGUACAUUCUUGAAGAGCUCGCUUCCAGAGGGGUGGCGAACAGGAGCGAGACAACUUGAAGCUCAGCACAAGAUUUAGACGCCGUGCUGGC